AUGAUCCCUAUGACGCUACACCGGCACAAGUAGGCGGGAACCGCGUUACUUCACUCGACGUUGGGCUGAAAGUGUCGGUGGUUUACACGACUCCCCUCGUGCAUAAGAGUUUGGCCAAGGAUUGCCAGUCACGAGCUACAGAGAAGACGUUUUUCAAAGCCCCAAUUGAGGGCGGAAACGAGCCUCAAAUCACUGUCGGACUCCGAACAAACGAAUUCCAACGAAUUCUGUUCUGUUUGUAGACGUCCGAAUUCAGUGGGGUCUCCGAUUGAAGUACAACGAACGGUCAUUCAAUUGGAACUAAUCUCCGUGCGGUUCUCCGUCUGAAGCUAUCUGGCAGUGGACGACGUGGAAUAUCCGGAGUCUGUCGUGCAGAAUUGUUCCCUCUAGACCUUUCGCGCGACGGCAAGGCUAACAACCUUGGAAUGGAUUGAUCCGUCUUUGCGUUAGUUGAACGCUCUCUGUGUUCUUCAUCUAACCUACACUUGUUUUGCAGAUGUGCGCGCUGCUGAUUCACGCAACCGCGUCACGCCGCGAGGAACAGGAAACUCCAACUCCACAGAGCUAAGAUACCCGCAAGGGAAUCCGGCGGGCCGAACUGCAUUAACACGGUGUAAGUUGAUUUGGAGACAAUGAAAAAAUUAUUUUUGCAAGCAUUUCAGCGCUCAGCUGUUGCUCCUGGAUCCAUAGAGAUGAUGGAUGUCUGUCUACAUCCAUGAAUUGGCAAGAAGAAGGAAGUGCUUGACCGAGCACCGACUGUUUCAUUCUCCCCGAUUCGAACCGUCGCUAGAGACCUCAAUGGUCAGCUGACGAUGUCACCUGCAAGCUAUUUUCGAACCCUAUAUUUUUCUCCUGUAUUCUUGUUUUUGCAUUUCUUGCAUCCGUUCACUGCAUUACCACACACACACACAAACCCCAACACAGAUAUGUUCUGCGGAUCGUCAUCGACGCGCAGAAACUGUGAGUUAUAAUAAUUGUAAUUCCGAUCAUAAUUGACUGAUUUCAGGAGCCUUGGAAGUAUUUCGAACCGUCAUUAAUGGACUAACAAUGGCUCCCGGACAUGUCGGAAAGUCCAAAGGACCCGUCUGUCCAUCGCUCUCAAAAAGAAGAGAAAAGAGAAGAAUAAAGUAACUGAUCGAGAGUAAGGAUCAAUCGGCCAGAACGGUGGUCGAAUACACGGAACACUGUGCUCAAAGGAAGGAAAGAGCAAAACGGACCGACAGAAAGCCUGUACAUCACGCCUGUCGGGGCCACUCCUCCUCGGCUGACGGAAGUAGAAAUAGUCCGUCGCCAGGAACAAACGAAGGAGGUCAACGAACGUUCAUCCUUCGAAACAUUCGGUCUGUGGAUAAAAGUGAGUCCAUUCUCAGGUCUUACCGCAUCAAAGUUACCCGUUCAGAACACGCACUCACGCCCUGUUAUUCUUAUCUGCUCAUGA